UCUCUUUCCUUCAAGCUGCUGUACCUUGGCAGGGAGUACCCCAAGGGAGCUGACUACUUCAGGAGCCGCUUGAAAGCAGCCUUCCUUAAAAACAAAGACGAGAAGGACCCUGAGAAAAUCAAGCAGCUGAUCGCCCGAGGAGAGUUCGUGAUCAAGGAGCUGGAGGCUUUGUACUUCCUGAGGAAAUACCGAGCGCUGAAGCAGCGCUACUACAGCGACGACAGCCGCUGACAGACAGCCGCUGACAGACGGACAGCCGUCCCCAGCCGC